AUGAGUGCUGAAGAACAAAUCCUCAAGGCCAAGACAUCUCUUGCCUCCGCUUUAGAAAGAGAAAAUAUCCAGACGUGUUUAGAAAUUCUGGAUUCCCUAGGCAAGAUCAAGGCGACAGGAGAAUUACUCAAGAAAACAGACAUUGGCAAGACAAUUGGAAAACUGAGAACACAUAAAGAUGCCAAAUUAGCUAUGAAAGCAAAGUCAAUUGUGAAGAAAUGGAAGGAUGAUGUCGUUCAGCAAAGCAACAACAGCAACAGCAGCAACAACAAAAGCACAAAUAGCAACAGCAAUAGACCACCUGCUUUAUCAAAAGUAUCCACAUCACCAGCCCCCAAGAAGAGCUCACCCUCUUCCUCUCAAGCAUCGUCACCAAAGACCCCCUCCUCCCUGGAAGGUCCUCCACGCACAGUCAAAACAGAUGAAGUGUCGUUCAAAUCAACCGGCAAUGUGCCUCGCAACAAGACAAUUGAACUCAUGUAUGCCUCUAUUGGCUUUGGAAGUGGAGCAGAUUCCGACUUGUUGUUGAAGCGUGCCAUGGCCAUUGAAAAGACAAUCUACUUGGAGUUUGGCGACAUUAAUCAAGACUACAAAAACAAAGUUCGCUCGUUAGCCCUAAAUCUCAAAAAUAAAAGUAAUCCUGGGUUACGAGAGAGUGUAGUGAGUGGAGAAUUAGCUGUGGAAAAGUUGUGUAAAAUGAGUGUCGAUGCCAUGGCAUCAGAAGAAGCUCAAGCCAGAGAUCGUAAAUUAGCCGAAGAAGCCUUAUUCAAAGCGAGAGGUGCUGAAUCCGCACAAGCCGAAACGGACAUGUUCAAGUGUGGUAAAUGUGGUGGCAGAAAGUGUACUUACUUCCAAAUGCAAACAAGAAGUGCGGAUGAACCGAUGACAACCUUUGUUACAUGCGUUGGGUGUGGCAAUCACUGGAAAUUUUGCUAA